AUGGACGUUAAGGAAUAUACUCAUAAUAUUAUUGACAUUGACAUAAGUAAUCAUAUUAAAAUAAGAUCAUCUAAUAAUUAUAACAAUAAAAAAUUAAAAGAAACGAUAAGACAAAAUGCGAAAAAAAUAAGGGACAUUACAUUCAAAUAUUGGAUUAAGGAGAAACAACUACAAUCUGGAAAUUUUGUUAUAAAUGAUGAGAAUAUUAAUGAUAAGAUGAUUAUAGAAAAUAAGAAAGAUAUAAUAAACAAUAUUAAUAAUGAUAAGAAGAUAUCAUAUAGUUAUGUAGAUUCAUUUCAAACAUGUGUUACAAAUAGUAAAGAUGAAGAAGGUGUAUUGUAUAUAGAUGAUUUGUAUACAUAUCUUAUAAGACAACUAUAUAUUUUAUUUUGUUCUUUAGAAGUUAGAAAAAAAAAGAAUAAUGUACAAUUUGAUUUUACAAGAAUAUAUAAAUAUACAUAUAAUUAUAAAAAACUUGAAUCACAUAUAUCUUAUGAAUAUUUAAAGAAAUAUGAUAUAAAUGAUGAUAUCAUAAAAAAUGACAUUGAGAAUUUUCAUUUUUAUGCAUAUGAUCAUAAUAUAGAGGAUCCAAAAAAGUAUUGUGAUAUGGAGGAAAAUUAUAAUAAUGCUAAUUAUAAUAUAUGUAUAUAUUUACCAACAAAAAAAGAAAUAGAUAUAUUAUUUAUUAUAGAUCAAUUAUAUGAUUAUUUUUAUUUUGUGUUAUAUGUUCCGAUAACGACAAAAGAAAAGGAUUUAAUUUUCUUUCCAUUUAAUAUAAAAAAUAAUUUGUUAGUACAAUAUCAUUUUAAUAUAUUUAUUCCUUAUGACUAUAUAUAUUAUACUACAUAUAAAAAAAUGAAUAAUUUCAUAUUAAACUAUUCAAAAAUUGUAAAAAAUUACGAGCUCUCUAAUUCUUUAUAUAAACAUAAUGACACCAUUAUUUUAAUUCCUUUAAUAGCAUAUAAUAAAUUGGGUUAUAGAAUUGGAAGCGGAAAGGGAUAUUAUGAUAAAACAUUAACAAAGACAAGAAAAAAAAAUGAUAUUAUAAAACAAAUUAAAAAUAUUCAAAUGAAUGAUAAUAUCAUAACAAAUAAUAAAGAUCAUGAUAUUCAAAAAGAAAAUCAUUUAUAUCUUGGAACAAAAAAUGAUACAAAUAAUAUUAUAUGUUCUAAUGUAAAAAAUAUAAAACACAAAACAUUUAAUAAUGAAAUUGAAAUAUAUACACAAAACAAACAAAAAAUAUAUUUUAAUGAAAUAAAAAUUGGAGUAUCCUUUGAAAUGUUUUUAUAUGAUAUAGAUUUUUCCGAAACGACAGAUCUUAUCCUAGACUAUAUGAUAAAUGAAAAUAAUAUUUAUCAUUUUAUAUUAUGA